GAACUUUCAAAGCUGUCCAGGCGGCUGCAUCUCCUCUCACCGCGGCCACGAAGAAGACUAUUCCGGGCUCUCUCCUUCUGUCUCAUGGGAACACCACCGGCUUUGUGUUCCAAUUGCUGACUUCUUCUCGCCGCAGUCAUCAGUUGUCUCUCUUCUUCGAUUCUCCCAUACCCACGCCGCCGGAGCCGGAAGAGAAAACGUAAUUGAAACCGAAUCUGUUCAGGAUGCUGGAUCUUCAGAAAAGGCGGAUUCAGCUUGCCCUCUUCGUUGUGGGUUUAAUUGGCCUUAGCAUGACAGCUGAAAUGUUCCGAGAACUUAUGGGGGAACAAUCUUCAUCAAAGAGCGGAAAGUUCACAUUUCUUAAUUGCUUUGACAUGGGUUCUGGCACUCUAGCCUGUGGAGUUAAAGAAGGUGUCAAGCUUUACAGCUACAGCAUCAGAAGUGUUCAUGUUGAGAAUGUAAGACAAAGGGCCACUGAGUUUGCACUCAAUGAAGCAUUGCAGGAGGGAUUGAGCACCAAUGCCGCCGCAAAACAAGCUAAAAAGGUAGGAGCGAAGGCUGCGAAGGUCGCCUCUCGCCAAACUAAACGGAUCGUCGGCCCAAUUAUAUCGUCAGGGUGGGACUUCUUUGAAGCCAUUUAUUAUGGUGGCACCAUGACUGAAGGGUUUCUUAGAGGAAGUGGCACAUUAUUUGGUACUUACAUUGGAGGUUUUCAUGGUGAGCAGUUGCUAGGAAGAUUAGGUUAUUUUGCUGGAAGUCACUUAGGGAGUUGGAUUGGAGGAAGGAUAGGCUUAAUGUUUUAUGAUAUUAUUAAUGGCAUUAAUUAUAUAUUCAAUUUUGUUCAAUUUGAGGACUUGAACAAGCAAGUGCAGAUUGAAGAUGCAUCAGAGAACACUCAAGCUUCUGUUGGCUGGGGAUUUUUCUGAUAUUAUAUUUGCAUUACAGAAGCUAUCUGGUUGGAAACUUCAUUGUUUUAAUGUAUUAUGUACAGUUCAAAUAUAUGGCGUUUGAAAAUAGGAAUUAUGAACUUCCACAUGUUCUAUUGAUGUAAGAAAAUAUUGGAUUUGAAUUAUGUUGGCCCUUAAAUAGGAGAUUGGUACUGUGCAAGA